AUGACUGAUCACAUUAACGCAGAAGACGAUAUAAUCAUCUGUUUGCGAUCAAUGCAUAAAAGCAACAUCUAUAUGGAUCAAUUACAAUCAGAUGGAGAUGGAAUAGAUGUCUAUCAAUUCGACGAUGUUGACGAAUGUGUUGAGUAUUUCCUGACAUUAAAUCCUGAAGAUGUGUUCGUUUUUCUAUGGCUUGGCUUCGGCUGGAAUCAUCUCAUUCCUAUCGUAUAUGAUUUUGAACAAGUUCGAUGUGUCUAUCUUAGUGAGCCAGUACAUCUAAAAGACACAUCAAAAGUCCAUGGUGUAUUUACUGACGCCGAAGAUUUGUUGAAACAAAUUGAAACGGAUAUCCGAAUUUGUCACCGAGAUCUGUCGACACAUUUGACUAUGCUGAAUGAUGAAGAAAUGUCAACUAUUCAUAAUCCACAAGGAAAUGCUAUUCGUUCUCUAUGGUCUGAAAUACUGUUACAAGGACUCAUUCGUAUGCCUGCACCUUCUACAGAUGUGUAUAGAGAAAUGAUCAAGGAAGCGCGCUUUUUCCAUCGAAAAAAUCUAGCUCAACUUCAACAAAUCGAUGAUUUUGAGAAACAUUAUCGUGCUGAAGAAGCGAUUAGAUGGUAUUCACGCGAUUCAUUCAUCUAUCGUCCAGUUAACAAGGCUCUUCGAAUUCAGAAUUUAGCUAUUCUCUUUAAAUUCCGAUUUUUCAUUCGUGACAUGUGUGAACAAUUGAAAAAACUAUAUCUUCAACAGUAUUUCAAUGAACAAGCCAAAAGCAAAGAACCAUCAACAGUGAGAAUGUAUCGUGCAAUGAAAGUCUCAUCAACUGAAUACAGUCGUCUUCGAUCUUGUGCACCUGGAACAAUUAUCUCGAUAAGUUCAUUCGUAUCAACAUCAUGCAAUCCAGAUGUUGCAGUUUCAUAUUUGGGAAAUGAUUUAGAAAGAGACAUCAUGCUUGAAAUUGAAAUUGAUAUAAAAUCACUCAAUUCGGAUGUUUUGCCUUUUGCUGACAUUCACACAUUUAGUGCGAUGCCAGAUGAAGACGAAGUGUUGUUAUCGAUGGGAACCACUCUGAUAGUGGAGUCUGUCACAGCGAAUCCUCAAUAUAAAAAUAUUUGUGUCAAAACUAAGCUGCGUUACGACUUAGAUCCUCAAAUGAGAGAACUAAAAACAUUCAUUUUGGAUAUACAACUACGAUGCGGAGAGAGUGAAGAAUUUUAUGUGGAUGCUUUGAUCUGUCUUCUCAUCGCAACUGAUCGUCAAAAAGCGAAAGAAGUAUUCAAAUUGUGUAAAUCAGGACGAGGAUGUAUUAUGAAGGAAUUCUCUGAUCUAUCGGACCAGAUGUUAGAUUCUCUCAUUCCGUCGACGUUAACAGUUGACACGUCUGGGAACGCAUUGACUGGACUGUUCACAAGGACGGCUGAGAUCUUUCAGAAUAUUAAUGCUACCGCAAAUCUAUCAAAAAACUCACAAGAUUUCAUUUCAUCAGUACGAGAAGACUUCCACGACAUUGCCAGUUUGUGUAAUGGCAUAGACAACAUAGACGAUUUUGAGCAGCUUUUAAUGCCAUUAACACGCUGUAUUCCUUCUGCUCAAUCGUGGUUAAAUUCGCUACCGAUAGGGUUUCCAUCUUUGCAUCCAAUUCAACAUCAGAUGCAGUUAAUGAUAAGUAUGCGAAAUGUCUUGGAAAGCAAUAGUACUGGAACGCUGAGUCGUUUUGAAACUAGCCAAACAUCACCCAUCGCUGCUAUUAUGCACAAUGACUGUUUGCUAACUUUUCUUUUGACUGACGUGCUUCAGCAUAAAAACGUACUCAAUAUCAAUGCUCCUUUGAUUGAAAACUCAGAGAAUUGUCAGACGUUAAGAAAACCUCAAAUCUAUGAAGUUUUCAACUUGGCCAAUAAGUAUGACUUGCAGAAGGACUGGCCCUUAGCUAUUGGAUAUUAUCAAAAUAUUAUUCAGAGUUACGAUUUACCACCUAAUUCAUUAAUGCUUGUUGACUUGUAUUAUCGCAUCGGUUUAUGCUUUGCUGAAAUGUAUGAGAGGGAAUUGGCAAUGUUCAACUAUCAGAAAGCUCAACAUCUGUUGGAGCAACAUCAUCCACCUACUCAUCCUCUUUAUGAUGAUGUAAAACUUGCAAUCCGUAAACUGCAACUAGGAAUACAACUGCAACAAUUAAGGCAGCAGUUGACUAGUUUCAUAAACUAUUUUGAAUCAUGA